CUCCCCUACGGUGGGGCCAGGAGUACAUUGGCUGAGAAUAGUCGUGUAACCGCUAAGAUUUCAUGCAGUUGCAUGACUAAUCAAUUACAUGAUAUCCAACAUCGCUAAUCCAGAGAGUCCCUUUGCACACUCUAGCAAAUGGAUUCAUGAACAGAUAGCAACAACUUUGUGUAAUGCAAUGCAAGUUUAAAAGAAAUCCUUCAAAUGCACAGCACCGUCUAGAGCAGGGUUCUCAAACUUCACUGCACUGUAACCCCUUCUGUCACUACAUGACCCCAGGAAGGGGAUGGAGCCUGUGCCCCACCAUCCUGGGUGGGGUACAGAAGGACCCACAGCCUGAGCCUGCCCCAGGUGAGGCUGGAGGUGGAGCUUCAGCCUUGAGACCUAGUAGUAAGUCUAAUGAUUGCCCUGGGAAGCUCAGGUCACCACCCACCCAUAGUCUGGGAACUGGUCUAGAGUCAAACGCACAGCAUCAUCUGGGGCCUGAUCUGUCCGGAGCAGUCAGUCUGCUAAUUGUUCAUUUGUGCGCAAAAUGUGUUCAGCCAUUUCCCCCAGAGCCUCUCACCGCAUCCGCUCCAUAUGUCCUCCCCACAUUUCAGGAAGGUGAGAAGUAGUAAGCUGUCACAGGUUUGUCUCCUGUCACAGUUUGCUACCUGGGCAGGAAGUAUGGGAAAGGCAGAGACCAAAGUGUGAUAGCGAAGCAAAAAAAGAACACCGAGGAGUUAGUAACUGCUCCCAGUAGCAAAUAGUACCAAUAGCAAUAACAUUACAUUUGUGAGCUACUCAGUCAUUCAGUGACAAUGUGGCUUGCUUUUGCAGAGACCAAGGUGUAUGUGGGAAACCUGGGCACUGGGGCCGGAAAGGGCGAACUGGAGCGAGCAUUCAGCUACUAUGGUCCCCUGCGCACAGUGUGGAUAGCAAGAAAUCCUCCGGGAUUUGCCUUUGUAGAAUUUGAAGACCCAAGAGAUGCUGAAGAUGCAGUUCGAGGUUUGGAUGGAAAGGUGAUUUGUGGCUCCCGAGUGAGGGUUGAGCUGUCAACUGGCAUGCCCCGUCGCUCCCGCUAUGACAGACCUCCCGCACGGCGACCAUUUGAUCCUAAUGACCGGUGUUAUGAGUGUGGCGAGAAAGGCCAUUAUGCUUAUGACUGUCAUCGUUAUAGUCGACGAAGGCGGAGCAGGUCGCGGUCUAGAUCUCAUUCAAGGUCCAGAGGAAGAAGGUAUUCUCGGUCACGCAGCCGAAGCCGUGGAAGGAGAUCCAGGUCAGCUUCCCUUCGCAGAUCCAGAUCUGUCUCUCCUCGUAGAUCUAGAUCUGCCUCUCCCCGCAGGUCCCGAUCAGGCUCUUUAAAACGAUCAAGAUCUAGAUCCAGAUCACGAUCAAGAUCAAGGUCUGUUACGUGGCCAAGAAGCAGGUCUGGGUCCCAUGGUAGAUCUAAAUCUGGCUCGCCUGCUAAAAGCCGAUCAAAGUCCAGAUCCCCCUCUCCAAAAAGAAGUCGUUCACCAUCAGGAAGCCCGCGAAGGAGGAGUGCAAGUCCUGAAAGAAUGGGCUGAAAUUUCAAAGUUAACCUUCCAGGAAGAAUGUUAUUUUGUUUACAUUAUUAUAAGGGAUUUUGUGGUGUCUUUGUAAAUGGUAAGGGCUUAGUUCUAGAAAGGUAUUUCAAUCAGAUAGCAGUUGGUAUGGAUCUGGAUCUUUUUAAAUCUAAGUUAUAUCAGUAGACUAGUGCACAACUUGCUUUGUUGUACAUAUUUAACACCCUGUGAUCUGAAAAUGUGGGCCUCUCUUACUGACACUUUUUUAUUCACACAUUCAAAUAAAAUGUGUGAUUCUAACUAUAAAACUCCUUGUGGUGCUCUGCUUAAAAAAAACUAGUCUAUCCUAAAUCAAUCAUAUUCUUCUUCCCAGUUGAUUUGAAAUAGUCUCUAGUAAUGUGAACUUAUCUAACAAAAUUUUAAACACUGGCUAAAAUCCUUGAUAGCUCAGUUGCCAUAACUUCCUGUGACAGCAUUUGCAUGAGAUCUCUGUUCAUUGUAAACUUCCAGUGUAGAGAAAGUACAAAUUUCUAAUGCAUAAAACUUGUUUACCAAAAGUAAAUGUUUUGGUAGGGCACAAGCAUAGUAUUUGCAUUGCAGGUUGUCUUUCAAUAACAGUUUGUGUUCUGAGAGAGAAGGUAGCUAUAAUGCUUUUUUUCCCCCUCCACAACCCAUUUAGGGUCACUUAGUUUAAUCUGAGGAAAAACUGACUGAACUUGUGCAGUUGCAAACUGUUUUGCAACACAUUGCUAUCAUAGAGCAGCCUGUAUGCUGGUAGAGAAAACCUGUUUAGAUAUUAGUAAGAUAAAUUCUGUAGUGCACACAGCAAUAUGUGAUUGAAGAGCUUAAAAUGAAUCUUUUGUGAAACUCCCUGAAGCCCGUUGGUCUGUAGCUAGGAGCUGCAUGAAAAUGUGGCAUUUCAUAUUGAAACAGAGACUGGCUAUCCAUAGGUCUUACCUGGUUGGCAAAAAUAGUGUUAGAUGCCAGCACCCUUUUUAAUAGAUAUUAAAAAGUGCUAUUUUUUUAAUCUGGACUAUUUUAUAUCAUGUUGCUAGGUGUCAGUUUCAGCAUUUACGGAGAACUGUUUGGUUUUUUUUUAACAGCCACUAAAUUUGAAAGAGCAGACUUGUUUGGGCUCUAAUGAACUGGCUAAUGACAGAUUAUAAGUUUACAAGCUUUUAAAAACAAAAAGUUAUUAAUGUGGUACCUUAAAUAGCAAAACAAUCUUUUGGACCAAAAGGCAAAUUUUGGGUAACCCACAAUUUUCAGAUAACGGAUUUUUCAUUUAAUGUUAGGAGCCUCUUCUGUCAGAGAGAUGUUAGAGCUUCUAAGUAGUCUCCCACGUUCUGAAGAUAUUUCACUUGGCAGCUUUAUUUCUUGAGUGGACUGGCCACUUUCCUACCAGCUUUGAUGCCUAUUCUUGAUUUUUCUGGGGUCUGGUUUUACAUUCAGUGCAUUGUUGCUUAGCAACAGAAGCAUCGGCUCCCAUUUCUAAUUAUGCUGUGAUUGAUAUUCUGCUAAUGUCCAUAAAACAAGACUGCAAAAUGGGGAACAAGAAAUAACAACAUUGUAUGAUUCUCCUGGAAUAAUUCAGCAAAUAUACCCAGAAAUCAUUGCUUAGGAUGACACUCAUCAAUAUACACAGUCCAUUGUCUAGCAGUUUUACAGUAAAUCUAGUAAAAGUGCCACAUGAAAUGAUGCUACUGUAUUUAACAAGCACUUUCUUCUUCUGUACUGCUAAGACAACCUACUCCACAAUAAACCUGCAGUCUAAAAUCAC